AUGCCGYCCAAAGCAACAGACACGGGCGCCACAGUUCGCGAACGCCAAAUAGCUGCUGCAGCUCACGCGCGCUCAAAGAAAGUGGCCAACGGCAACUCGCAUGCACAACCCGCAUACCAUACAGGACCCAUGAAGGAGCUACCCCCCAUAAGCAAUAAUGCACCAGCACCUCCUCCCACCGGCAUGGCUUGGAGCAUUGCCUCAUCCGCUCUCCUAGACACAUACCGCGUAGCACACAACCUCCCAAGCCCCGCCGCUUUCACAUCACCACUUCGCCAAGCUCUCCUCACAAAUUCGGGUAUUGGACGCCAAUCCCCAACGAUGGCGCGGAAGAAAGAGAAGCGACGCGUGCCCAAGGACCAGUUGGCUUUGGCUGUGCGAAAGAACUUCAACGGGGCUGCUGUGAGCGAGAUCGAUGUGGUUGUGGAGUUGGUGUACAAAGUACGGAAUCAGGAUAAGAAGUUCCGGAUGCGCUCGACGCCUGGAGUGACGAAGAAGAUACCUUGA